UUAAUCUUUUUUAAGUUCUAAUUAUACAUAACCUUAAAGAAUUGUCCAUUAAACAACCAAAAAGGAAGGCAAUCAUCUACUAUUUGUUUUUUGGGAGCAGUUGAGGAGCAUGUCAUUAGCCAUAUAAGCAUCUCUCAUCUCUUUUAUUUAUUUUUUUCUUCUUGUCUUUUGAUUGAAUAAGGCAUCUUCUUCAAAAUCUCACUAAUCUAUUCUAGUAUUUCACAAGCCAAACAAGAGAAAGAAAAAAAGGAAUAUCAAAUUUCACCAACUCAUUUCCAAGAAGGAUCCUUCCCCUUUUCUACUCUACCUUAUUAGACAAAGCAAUCUUUCAACUAGUCCCUAAUCUAAUCAAUAAAUCCAUCUCAUUUCAAUUUACAUUUUCCUUACAAGCCACACUACUAUUCAAUUAACACACAAAAAAUCCAUGCCAAACACAAACCAAAAAUAGAGUUGAAAACAACUCUGCAAUUUCUUCAUCUUCACAAUCUAAUCAAUUAUCACCAUUUUCUUAUGAUCUCCACAAACCAAGACCCUCAUUUCUCCAUCAUGCUCAAACUCCUCAACAAAAACCUCCGUCGUCUCCUCUCCCAUCUCCGGUGUCCAAAUUAUCGCCGAUCAAAAUCCAAAGUAACAAUAAUCAACAACCCAAAAUCUCAAAACGAAACAAGCUCAAAUUUUUCAUCAACGGUUCAUCCAAACACUCAAUUGGGUACUCAAAAACAAAUCCGGGUCGCAACUUUCAACGCCGCACUUUUCUCAAUGGCACCAGCACUUCCAACAACAACAACAUUUGAAGACGAAAACAACGUUGUCGGAAAAACCAACACAUUCGACAUAAACUCACGGUCGAAGUCAACAAACGACAGACCCCCAAAAAGCAUACUGAAACAAACUCAAUCACAAAAAAACAUAAACCUCGUACAGUUAACAAAAUCGAAAACGAGGGUUUCAAUAAAUUUACCGGAUAACGAGAUAUCGAUGUUAAGAAGCAGACAAUCAAGUUUCUCGGAACACGAGAAGGAAAGAGCGUCAACGAGUGGGGUCCAUUAUUAUAAGCAUGUGAAGAGUGGAAGAACAUUGGUGGAAGUGUUGAGAGAGGUUGAUGCAGAUAUAUUGGGAUUGCAAGAUGUGAAAGCUGAAGAAGAAAAUGGAAUGAAACCAUUGUCGGAUUUAGCGGCGGCGUUAGGGAUGAAUUAUGUGUUUGCAGAAAGCUGGGCGCCGGAGUAUGGUAAUGCUGUUUUCUCUAAAUGGCCUAUCAAACGUUGGAAUGUCAACAAAAUCUUUGAUCACACCGAUAUCAGGAAUGUUCUGAAGGCAACUAUCGAUGUACCUGAAGCAGGUGAACUAAACUUUUACUGCACUCACCUCGAUCACCUUGAUGAGAAUUGGCGAAUGAAGCAGAUAAAUGCAAUAAUCCAAUCAAACGACGAGCCUCACAUCUUAGCUGGGGGACUUAAUUCACUCGACGAAUCAGAUUACUCACAAGAAAGAUGGACAGAUAUUGUCAAGUACUAUGAAGAGAUGGGAAAGCCAACACCAAAGGUUGAAGUGAUGAAACACCUGAAGAGUAAAGACUAUACAGAUGCUAAGAACUAUGCAGGGGAAUAUGAAUCAGUUGUCAUGAUUGCCAAAGGCCAAAGUGUGCAAGGGACAUGCAAGUAUGGAACUCGGGUAGAUUACAUAUUAUCAUCAUCGUAUUCACCGUAUAAGUUUGUUCCUGGUUCCUAUUCAGUUCUUUCUUCCAAAGGUACAUCAGAUCAUCACAUUGUGAAAGUUGAUGUGAUGAUCAAGGUAAAUAACGAUUCUCAAGAAAAUGCGACAAAGAAACCACAACAACAUAGACAGAAAAUUGUAAAAGUAACACAUUCAAAUCCGUCAAAAGGCAUCUGGAAAACACACAACAGAGAAGUAUAUUGAGUUUGUUCCAAAUAAGUUUAGAUGAUGAGUGUAUUUGUUUUGUUCAUGCUUCCUAAUCUUAUAAAGCAUUCUUCAAAUUGAUUUAGAAUAAUAUAAAAGAAAAGGGUGAGUAUGAUGUGUAUGACACUUUUCUUUUUAAUUUGUAUAGCUUUUAAGUUUUGAUUACCUGAUUUCAGAAUCUACAGAUUGAUUUACUUA